UCUCCUCUCCUCUUUCUAGCUCGACAAUCUUAAAAAUUAGGGUUCUUAUAUAAAACCUUACUUACAGUUCUCCCUUGAAUUUCAAUUUAACUUCACCCAAAUUUUGAGGCAUUUGGAUUUGGUGGCUUCCUUUUCAUUUUUAUUUAUUUCUUAUUGUAUAAAACUUUCUUCCAGAAAAUGAAACAUCGGCUCUCUCCCUGCUAACAUCGUGAGAUUCGGUGAAUUCGACGUCAAUUUUGGCAAUCCUCCAGAAAACAUGAAGCGGUUGAGAUCGAGCGGCGAUCUCGAUUCCUAUGAGACAAAUGCAAGCAAAGAAUGGAGUCAGGAUCAAAAUCGUUCAUCUCGAAGCAGCAGUAGCUGCGGCUUUUACCACAAGCCAUCUUCAGCCUCCGAUAGCAACGGCCGCGCUAAAAGCAAUUUGAUUUCUUCUUCUCGAUAUGAUAGAGACCAAUCUGUGGCUGAUGAGGAUAGUGGCAGGGAGAGGAUGGUCCGGAAGCGAGCAGAGCAUGAUUUUGAGAGCCUUGAUAGGCGGAAAUUGGACUUCAAUCGUUACAGAGAGAGUGGUAGUAGUGGUGGUAGCCUCCACAGAUCAGAGAGCUUCCGUGGGCCUCGCAGAGAUUUUCCAAAGGGGUUCCGAUCAGAAAGAGAUCGAACCCGAUGUGAAAGUGGGACCUCCUGGCAAAGGUUUGGAAUUAACGAGAACAGAGGGACUAGUAGUAAGGUGCAACGGAGGGAGCUUAGGGAUGUGAAAUCGCCAAGCUGGUCCAGGGAUUCUUUGGUAGCAGGGAGAGUGGUUGGCGAGUCAAGGGAGAGGGAAGUGAGGAGGAGGAGAAGCUCCAAGUCAAAGUCCAGGUCGCCAACAAGGUCAAGGGAUUCUGGCAGUGAACAGUUUAAGAGUGUUGAUGGUGGUGGUGGAGAGGUGAAGAAGAGUGAGGAGACCCUGGUUGAGAGUGAUACAAGUAGUGAGAUGGAGGAAGGUGAGUUUGAUCCUGAACCUCAAGCUAAGCAUCAACAUGAAUUAGCUACCGAACCUCAGGUUAAGCCUAAACAUGAAUUAGCUACCAAACCUCAUGCUAAGCCUAAACAUGAAUUAGCUAUUGAACCUCAGGCCAAGCCUCGACAUGAAUUAGCUACCAAACCUCAGACUAAGCCUCGGGAUGAAUUAACUACCGAACCUCAGGCUAAGCCUCGGGAUGAAUUAGCAACCGAACCUCAGGCUAAGCUUCGGCAUGAAUUAGCUACCGAAUCUCAAGCUAAGCCUCGGCAUGAAUUAGCUACUGAACCUCAGGCUAAGCCUCAGCAUGAAUUAGCUACCAAACCUCAGGCUAAGCCUGAACAUCUGGCUAAGCCUCGUUAUGAGUUAGCUACUGAACCUCAGGCUAAGCCUAAGCAUGAAUUAGCUACCGAGCCUCAACAUGAAUUGGCUACUGAAUCUGGGGCUAGACGUGAUGGGAAAGAGGGUUGUCAUAAAAAAACAGAGAAUGAUGGAGGUGAGAUGAACUCAAAUGUGGAGGUUGUGGAGGAUGUUAAUAAGGAGAGGGGAAAUGAAAGAAAAGGUGAGGGGAAGGUAGAUGACAAGUUGCAAGAUUGUGGAAAGUGUUUAAAUGAUGGUACCAGUGGUAAUUGUGAUAAGAUGGAUGAUAUGGGUGGUGAUGAAGUUGAAAUGCAGGAAGAAGGUGUGAAGGCUGAUGGUAAAUGUGAGGGAGAUAUUACCAAAGAUGCAGUUGAGCAGAAGUCUUCCUGUCUGGAAGAGAAGUGUAAGGGGGAUAAAGGGAUUGAUCUUGAGAGACUGGAUGAGGAAUGUGAGGCAGCAAAUUUUACUAAGGUAGUUGCAGAGGAAAAUAGCGAACAUAAAAUAAAUAUCGAUGUUAUAGAGAUUGGUUUGAGUUGGAAUGUCAAGGAUAAAGGGAAAGGGGUUGCUGUUGAGUCGGUUAAUGUAACUGAUUCCGUAGUGAAUGGGGUUUGGACAGAAAGGGAAUCUAAAGAUAAAGAUCUUGACAUGGAAGGGCCUAGUACGAAGGGUUUUGAGUUGUUUUCUUGCUCUCCUGUCAGGAAAGUGGAAAAGGAAGAACAAUCAAGUGCCGAGAAGCAGAAAGAAGAGAAGCUGGAAUUGGAAUCACUUGACCUUUCUCUUAGUUUACCAAAUGUGUUGUUGCCUAUCGGUGCUCGACAUACAGAUUCAGCUCCUGGCUCUCCUAGCCACGGGAGGAGUGUGCAGUCCUUGAUGAACACAUUUCGCACCAACUCUGAUGGGUUUGCUGCAUCCAUGUCCUUUUCAGAUUCCCUGUCCUUUUACCACAAUCCAAGUUGUUCUUUGACAAAUUCCAUGGAUAACAAUGAACAAUCUGUUCAUAGUCGCCCCAUAGUUCAGGGAGUUGAUCAACUUUCUCAAGGAUCAUGGCAAUCUCAGAAUGAGUCCCGGCAGAAAGAUGGUCCUAUGUUUCAGAGGAUUUUGAGGAAUGGUAAUGGGUCUUUCAGUCAAUCUUCAGCAUUACAGGGCAUUACAAGCAGUCAGGUUGUUCAAGCACAUAAUAUUCACAGUUUUGAAGGAAGCUCAAUCGCUCAGAAUGGACUUGAGAGGCAGUUGAGUUUUCAUAAACAGAAUGAUGUCAGGUCCACUUCACAGUGUGUUAGGUCUCACCAAAAUGGUUCAUUUUACAGCUCUGACAAGAAGCAAGCCACAAGAGAAAAGCAUGGUGGUACUGGUAGCUUAUACAGGAGCAGUAGCCAAAAAGAGCAAGAACAACUUCUGAUAGGUGGAGCUGAUUUUGUUGAGACUAUAUUAAGCAGGAUGGUUUUUGAGCCUCUCCAUGUUAUGGCCAGGAAGUGUCAUGAAAUGGCAGGACAAUCAAUUGCCUGUCUAAAAGAGAGCAUUCGCGAGAUUAUGUUAAAUGCAGAUAAGCAUGGGGAGCUAUGUGCAUUUAAGGAGGCCCUACGGAGCCGGUCUGAUUUAAAACUGGAAAUGCUGCUAAAAUGCCAUCGGGCUCAAUUGGAAAUCUUGGUUGCCCUGAAAACUGGACUACCUGAGUAUCUUCAGGUAGGCAACAGUGUUCCAUCUUCUGAUUUGGCUGAGAUCUUUCUGAACUUAAGAUGCAGUAAUCUUAUGUGCCGGAGUUCUCUGCCUGUGGAUGAAUGUGAUUGCAUGGUUUGCUCGAAGAAGAAUGGUUUUUGCAGCGCUUGUAUGUGUCUUGUAUGUUCAAAAUUUGAUAUGGCAUCCAAUACUUGUUGUUGGGUUGGUUGUGGGUGUCUUCAUUGGUGCCAUGCGGAUUGUGGUUUAAGGGAAUCUUAUAUUAGAAAUGCACAUGACCCAGCUGAGAUGCAGUUUCAUUGCGUUGCCUGUGACCAUCCUUCUGAAAUGUUUGGUUUUGUAAAGGAGGUUUUUCAGAAUUUUGCAAAAGAUUGGACGCUUGAAACCUUUUCAAAGGAACUUGAAUAUGUCAAGAGGAUCUUUUGUGGCAGCAAAGACGUGAGAGGGAAACGGCUGCAUGAACUUGCUGAUCAAAUGCUGGUUAAAUUGGGGAAUAAGUUCGAUCUUCCCGAGGCUUAUGCUCAAAUAAUGAACUUCCUGACUGAUAGUAAUUCUUUCAAGCCUGGCAAUGCAACUGUUUUGUCUGGAAAAGCACAGGACAAAGGAAUCAAUGGGAUAGCUGGGAGAAGUCAGGAUGCUAGACAUCACAAAUCUGUUUAUUCUGAUAAAGCUCGUGCAUUUGAAAGCACAUCUAGCCUGCUUCCUAGUUUCCGUGUUGACCGACCUGACAAAUGUUCUUUAGAGUCAGAGUUGCAGAGGAGUGCUGAAAGGCAACUAUUUUUGCCUGAACUGGAGAGCUUCAUAAGAAUCAAACAGGAGGAAACCAAAAUGUACCAGACACGUGCUGACGAUGCAAGAAGAGAAGCGGAAGGCCUGAAACGAAUUGCAAUAGUAAAGGAUGAAAAGAUUGAAGAAGAGUACAGGAGCAGACUUGCGAAACUACGCUUAGCUGAGGCUGAAGAAACGCAUAAACAAAAGACCGAAGAAUUCCAAGCUCUAGAAGGAGCUUACAGGGAAUACUACAGUAUGAAGACAAGAAUGGAAGCAGAUAUUAAAGAUCUUUUGUUGAAAAUGGAAGCGACAAGACGAAAUCUUGGCAUGUGAUUUGCUAAUUUGCUUUCACUUGGAACUGUUAUUGUUCGUUAAUUUCAAGGUAGAACAGAACUCUGUUUUAUAAUGUUUAUUUGUUCGUUAAUUUCAAGGUAUAACAGAACACUGUUUUAUAAUGUAUACAUGAUUCAAGUUCCUGUAGUUUUUAAAUCGACUGGUUCUAGGCGUACAGAUGCAA